UUAUUAAAUUCCCAAAUACAAAAUGUCUGACAAACAAGAAAAUGGAAACUACAACGAUGACGAGCCCAUCUCCGAGCCUGAGCAACUUCGCAAAUUGUUCAUUGGCGGUCUCGAUUACCGCACCACAGACGAAGGACUGAAGGCCCAUUUUGAGAAAUGGGGCAACAUUGUCGAUGUUGUUGUCAUGAAAGAUCCCAAGACCAAGCGUUCCCGUGGUUUUGGUUUCAUCACCUAUUCGCAUUCCUACAUGAUUGAUAAUGCCCAAAAUGCCCGUCCUCAUAAAAUCGAUGGUCGCACCGUUGAACCGAAACGUGCUGUACCACGUCAGGAUAUUGACAAUCCCAAUGCCGGUGCCACAGUCAAGAAAUUGUUUGUUGGUGGUCUACGUGAAGAUCACGAUGAAGAAUGCUUGCGAGAAUACUUCAAAAGCUAUGGCAAUAUUUUGGGCAUCAAUAUUGUGUCGGAUAAGGAGACUGGCAAGAAACGCGGUUUUGCCUUUGUCGAAUUCGACGACUACGAUCCCGUCGACAAGAUCAUCUUGCAAAAGUCUCACACCAUUAAGAAUAAAAAUCUGGAUGUAAAAAAAGCCAUAGCUAAGCAAGAUAUGGAUCGUCAGGGAGGGGGUGGUGGCGGCAACCAAGGUGGUGGUGGCCGUGGCGGUCCCCAGGGUGGACGUGGCGGACGCAACAAUGAUCGUGGUGGCAAUCAAGGUGGCUGGGGAGGUAACCGUCAAAAUGGUGGCAACUGGGGUGGCAAUAACUUCGGCAACAGUGGUAACUUUGGUGGUGGUCAAGGUGGCGGUCCCGGCGGUUGGAAUAGCCAACCGGCUCCUUGGAAUAACCAAGGUAAUAAUUGGAAUGGCAAUGAUGCUGGAUUUGGUGGACCACAACCCAAUGGUGGUGGUGGCGGCUGGGGUAACAAUGGUGGCGGCGGCGGUGGCAACUUUGGCAAUGACUACCAACAAAGUUAUGGUGGUGGUCCACAACGUAAUAACUUUGGUAAUAACAGACCGGCACCGUAUGGAUUCAACAAGGGCGGUAAUCAAGGUGGCAAUCAAGCCGGUGGUGGAUUUGGUGGAAACAACUACAACAGUGGUGGUGGUCCCGGUGGCGGUAAUAUGGGUGGUGGCGGCGGCGGAAAUAGAAGAUACUAAGUUAAGGUAUAAUAUAGCAAAGACAUAAUAACUAUCAAGCAAAAUGAUAAAGAGGCAGGCAGGCAGGAAAAAACAUGCAAGGAUAAAACAAGAAGAAGAUGAUGUGUGA